AUGUUCUUUUACCUUGUUGUUCUGUUAUCUUUGAGCUGGCCGCACGUAAUAGGAACAGGAAGCACGGACCUGCGAGAUGAAGCGGCGUUCGAUCAGAUUGCAACUGCGUCGGAGAACGUGGAGCAAAACGCGGAGAAUUCCAAACAAAAGCAGGAGUUUCGAAAUCAACUGAUAACAUCCAUGAUAGAUACCACGGUGCACUAUGAAAAUUCAAACGGGUUCAUGCCUAUGAUGGAGUCUUCGUCGUCAUCGCCGCUUGAUCUACCGCCCUCUCAGCCAGAUACUACGUUCUUCCCUCUGGAAACGGUUAACGUUACUUGGAGCAACUCUUUGGACGAGCGGGAAAAUUCAAGCAGCAGCGACGACAAGGAGACGAAUGGACGAGAAGUGGAUAAAUUCGAGAAUGAUCCUGCUUAUUCCACGGAAGCGAGAAUAUUUCUGAAUUUCCCGAAUUUGAACCGCAGAUCGUUCGAGUUCCAAGGCAAUCAGAACGAGUUCGAGCUGCUGAAAGUUGGCAACGAUACACCAGAGGUAGCUAAUUAUCCGCAGUUAUACGAGGAACCAGCGAAUUCCAACGAAAACGAAGAUGAGAGGACUAAAGUUUCGUCGAAACAUAAAACUUACGGGAAGGGACAAAAAAUGGAAGACUAUGUGGGAAAUUACGGGAUAGUCUUCCCAGAAAAUAACAGCGAGGGUACUUUGUACAGCUACUAUUAUCCUCGCACCUCGGCGAAGGAUAAAGAAAAGAAGAGUCGCGAUCAAGAGAAAGCGGCAAGCAAUUAUCAACAGGAAAAUGUCCCGAACUACGACGGUCGCGAACAAAGCGCGACUGGAGGAAUGAUAAACGGGCCAACUGGGUCGUCCUUCCCAAGGACGAAUCAGGAGGUGAACGCCUUCUCGAAGAACGAUCCGACGAAGGAAGAUCACUCGUACGGCAUGGUUCCUCCUUCUUCGCCUCAAGUUACGAAGAAUCAAAGAUUCUCCAGGCCAGUCGUGGUCGCUGAAGCAAAUUACCAGUUUAACCAGCCGCCUAGAAUAUCCGAUUCCGGCAUCGACGAUUUCCAAACCUCGAGGUUCAUCGACUCGGUGAGCUCCGAGAUGUCGCAUCGUUACACGAUGGACAACAGGAACGGGAGAUUUCGAAGCAACGAGGACUCGAGAGACACGUCGGAUGACGGCGAUUACAUGGAGUACACGGAGAGACCUAGAAGAGUACAGAAGAGCAGAAGACGACCCGGUGACAGUUCGAAGAGGCUGCCGAAGGAACAUCGAGGCUCUUUGGAGGAUAGCGCGGAAUACGAGAGUCAGGGUAAGAGGCAUCAUUCGUCAAGGUCGAAGCCAUACCGACAAAGAGCAAGAGGGAAUUCGUGGUUGGACGAUGAUCGGUAUCGAGAUCAAGACGAUAGCUACGAGGACGCGAGAUACGAUGGGAGAUUAUCGGGCUCGGAAAUGAGGCACGUAAAAUCUCAAAACUCCAAGUUUAAGCCGAGCAAUAGCUGGAAUCAGAUAUCUCCGAAUCUCGAGAUUUCGCACUCGAGUGGCAUCGAAGUCGGUCAACUGGAAAAACCUAAGCUCAUCGUUCCGGUCAAAGUGAACUUGGUACCAGUAACUAACUUCGAUCACGCAACAGCGAUUGGCAAUAGUCAAGGCUUCGACGUGUCUAACGCUAUUCUACGCAAUAUCGUUACAGCCACGCCACUCAGCACGGUUGGCACACCGGCUAGCACGAUAAGCACUGCCGAAAACGCGAUUGGCCACGAGUCGAAAAUGAGAAUGUCCACGCCCGUUCCCGAUAUUAUCUUUGGCCAAAACAGCUUCCACAAUUCGAUGCACGCGGUUCUUCCGCAAAUGAACGAACAGAAUAGAUUCUCGACGAAUUUCAAACCUCAAUAUCUGUCUAGCACAGUCGCUCCAGUUUUUGCGGUCACUCCCGGUUUAAACGGCAACUUGCAGAGCGUACCGAUUCAGGAUGUUCAAGACGCGUCUACGCCUCGGCCAGCGAUCAUCGGUGCUCCGAACCAAAUGUCGACUAACCACGUGCCGCAAUUGAUACUUCCACAGCCGACGGUGCAGACUGUCUCGACGUUGGUGCAGACGCCGGUCACAAACUCGGAUUAUAUUCAGGUGAACCCUCACGGGAUGCAUGGCCAAAACGCUAUUAGUCAUGGUAAUUUGCAGGUUCAAACGCUCCCGACGUUGCCCACGAUUACGCCGACGGCGCAGUCUAUACCGGUUACGAAGAUCAACCUGGUAACGUCCGAUUCGCAAAACAAAAAGACUCUGCUUCCUGGGCCCAGCACGAACUUUUUGGCCUCGGCGAGCCUGGCAGUCGGCCAUAACGACGAGAGGCAAACGUUCAACGGUAAUAAUUAUUAUUUGCAAAAUUCCAACACUCAGCAAAUGGUUAAGCCGCAGGUGCAGGGAGGACUGUAUCAACAGGCGUUCAAGAACGUUAACGUAGUACCGAAAACGAAGACUUACAUUCAAACGACUCAUUUGCUGCCAGCGGUUUUGCAACCCCUGCCAACGUUCACCAGCCUAUCCGCGAAUACGCAGCAAGAAUUCCCAGAGCAUCAGAGCAUCCAUGGGUCGGAUUUCGUGCGACAAAAGAUACAGAACUCCGAUCUCGAUAAUGGCGCGUCGACUCUGAAAAACGUGCCUCUCGCAUACCAAACGUUCGACAGCGUGGGUAGUCAUAGUAAUAUUAAUACGGUAAACGCGUCACCAGGUGUUCCAGGGAUCAUCGAGAAUGCCCAUUUACCGCACGUUGGUAUGAGGAACGUUGAAAUCGUCAAUCCGAAUAUCAAACCGAGCCCGGUAGAUACCGCGAUCAUAAAUUCCUACGAGACAAUGCAUUACCCGGGUACAGUUUUAACCACGUCGAUUCCUAUGUUCACCACAACCAGCUUCGUUACAGCGAGACCGGCCAUAUUGUCGUCGACCACGGAAUCCAGCAACCUGCAGAACGUAGUGAACUCGCUGACGGAAAUAGGCUCGAAUAAUCAAGCAUUCGGCAACGAUUUAAAAGCGUAUCAAUCUCUGGAGAGACCCGUGUUCAAUCCCAUCAACUUCAUUCCGAACGUGGACGUGGUUAAAAAUCAGAACGCUUUGAACAGUAAACUGCACGUCAGCGAACCCCUGCAGCAAAGUUUGAAUUUGGUUCCGCUGAUACCGGGAGGUAAUUUCUUUAAGCCUUCCUUCACUGCGCAGAGCGAGCUCCUGGUAAAACCAAAGUUGAGCUCCGACUUGGAAUCCUACGCUGAGCAAAUGUUCAAGGAAUCCCUGAAAACGAUCUACAACUCUCAGAAAUGGAACAACGAUCGUAAACCGGGCAACAAUCGUCAGAAUGUUUCCGAUUUAUCAGACAUCACGAAACUGAAGAACGAGUUGCAACGAUUGAAAGCUUCGCUAUCCGAUUCGAAGCGAAACAAAGAGCAGAUCGAAGCGCACCACAGCGAGACAAAGGUACGGACCGAAUUGCCUAGCAAGAAGCCGGAUGAAUUGCUGGCUGCCUUGGAACAAAUGUUGAAAAAUCAUCCGACCGAUUCCUACCACGGCUAUUACGGGAAUAAUAAACCGCAUCGCCACCGUAGACCUAUCGAUCAAGAUAAAUAUAGCAGCGAUUUCAGAGACACGAAACAUAUCAGAGAGUUCCUGACACCGCCGCAAUUGAAUUCGCAUCGCUCGAAAGGUCAUUUCCACGAGAAACCAGGGAAAAAGAGACCGGGACCGGGUAGAUACAAUCACCACAACCAUCACCACGGACCAAGAUCGCAUACCAGGAGUAGUUUGUCUCACAAAGCGGGUGGUAUCGAAACUUCUGCGUCCAACAUCGAUCCCGUUCGCGUCGAUGGUUUCUCGAAAUACGAAAACGCGCACGACUCGAGACAUUUUUGGAAAAGUUCGCCGUACGAUUCCUACAGCUCCGUGUCCAUGUUGUCUCGCGACAAAAGCAAUUUCCCCACGUCGUCUAAACAGCGCAAAGUGGUAGACAGUAAAGAGAACAUUUACAACCACCCCAAGGUGCACAAUUUCCUCGGCUUAAUGAUGAAGAACAAACAGCUGCCUAAUGGAAAUACACCGAGUUACUUUCGAGACCAGGAUCAGUUAAAGGACUUCUUCGAAGACGAGACACAACGAACGCAACAGAAAUUCUACGACGAUUCCCUGCGAGAUUAUUUUUAUAAGAUGUCAGAUGGUACGUUGUAUUCGAAUUUAGGGCAUGUCGAGUCUGACGCUCGAAGGUCUCUGUCCGAAAAGAGAACGGGUUGA